AUGACAAUGGCUUCGAAGAGAAUCAUCAAACAACCCGGAACUCUCAAGAAGGUCGAGGGCAUUCCUCUGACACUUCCUCCAACUGAUCUCAACCAAGCUCAGCAGGUUAAGGUCCCACCCAUGAAAAUGGGUGUAGUAAUCCCCCUGCGAAGAGACUUCCACCGACCUCUACCUUCAAGGCCCGACAAGACCAUUGGACUGGAAACGAGGGAGACGCCUCUCCUUGAGCGUCGUCGCUUCAAAGCCGAGAAGCACAAUUGGCGAGUACAGCACGGUCUCGACGUUGACGGCGAUGAUGAGGAGGGGGAUGAUGAUGAAGGCUUUGGUGUCGAGGCCGAAGAGCAACGCCUGCACAGAGUCAUGCGUUUAAAGCGAAUCUCUGAUGCACUCCGUCGCGACAAAAUCAUGAACAACAUUGAGGAUGCGCCCCAAUUCCAUGUCGUUGCUGUCAACCCCUUCUGGCGCGGCCUGGAAACAGAUGGUCCCUAUUAUGACUGGUUGAAUGACGUUUACUACGAUGGCGAGAUGCCCGAGAUCGUCCGACGAGUCAACGGCCUCUUCCCCGAGAGAGGAUUCCCGCAACUGAACGAUCCUUAUUGGAACGAGGAGAGCUGGAAGGAGCGGGACAAGUACUACAAGACCGAGCAGGGUAAGGCUGAACUCGAUGAGUACAUGCCCUUUGUGCGCGACGUAAGGGAUCCUGAUUCUGCCAACGAGGAUGCAGAGGUGCAGAAAUUCUAUUACGAAUCUGAGGAUGAGGAUAAUAUGAAUGAAUCUGAGCUCGCUGCAAAAUUCGGAUACCGCAAAGCGCCUGCUGCGUCCAAUACGAAUGUUCUGCGCAAGGUCAACAAACCUUCGAAGAAGUCACAGGCUAAGGGGGCUCAGAGCACUUCCAAUCCCGGAACUGUCGCGACGGUUCCCUCGGCUGUCUCCGAGACUGGAGACUCUGCUGUACCUGUACCUGUACCCAAGACCGGUAACGCGACUGCACCCGAUGUUGAUGUGCUUUCACCUUCAGUCAGGAAGACAUCCGUCUUUUCCCCUUCCCGCGCAAUGGCAGACAUGCCUAACAACGCCAAUGCCACAACCACAAAGGCUCCCAAACAGAAAACUCCCAGCCCGAUGAACCAAUCUCGAAAGAGAAGGAACCAGGACCGCAAGCGUAAGCCUGGCAGUGACGAUGACUUCAACCCAGACUCUGACGAUGGCUACGGUUCGGAGGACAAGUCUCAAGUCAAGCGCGCCAAGAGGUCCCAUACUGUUAAUGUCAAGCCCCUGUCCCGAUUCAUGAGAGCCCAAAUUGUCCCCAACCCUACCCAGCGAACUGGCGGCCCUGACAGCAAGGGCAAGGGCAAGGGCAAGGGCAAGAGCAAGGUGAAGAAGACUCACUACAAGACUGCCUCUAUCGACUCCAAUGUAUCUGAUACCAUCGUGGUCAAGCUUGCGCCUGAUUCCUCUAGAAGUUUCGACACCGGCGAUAAAGGUAGUGACGAGGCUGGAGUUAAGGAUGAGACUCACACGAGCCAUGAUGACGACUAG